UAAUACUGCCUCGAAAUACUGAACUGAACUGAGUGAUAUCGGAAUCCAGAAAUUUAAGGUACAGGUACGGACACUACUUUUCUCUUAUUGGUUGAUGCUUCACAGAUAAGCAAUGCUGCCCCCAUAAUUUUAGACAAAGAGAGGAAAUGGCAAGUGAACAAGAGAGCGCGACAUUAGUACAAGCGAAAACAAGUCUCACUGACGACCAAUGUAACUUGUCUCACUUUACCAUCCUUGCAAUCUCACUCUAUUCACGCGUCCGUUUGCCUGAUGCUCCACCUGAAAUACGCGGCACGAUAUUUGACCUAUACUUUUCACUCCGUAGGACUUUCGGCCACACAGUCGGCAACCACUUUUACAAUUAUUAAAAAUUUUGAAUCUACAAAAUUUUAUUAAUUUACCAAUCCCAAUACUUGUCAGCUGGAACGGCCAGCAAUCAAUAUCCUACUGUAUGAGAAGUAUUUUCGAAAGCAACGAAUAAUUUCGCAAUUUCAUAUGAUUUUUACUUUUAAAAAUUUGGAAAACAAAUCUGAAACUUGCAUUCAUAUUCUCUUAGAGAAUUAGAGUUAAAAAUGAUUGAAGAUUGAAACAAUUUAUCGGCAAUAAAGAUUAAAAAACUAUAUGAAACAAUUCUAAAACGUCUAGUAGAAAUUCUAAUCUGCAAUCUACAAUGAAACUAGAAAUAUAAGGAAAUUCCCGAUGGCAACGCUAAACCAUAAACGAAUUCAUAUGAGUCUGCAUGUGGCGAACUUUCGCGACCCAAAUUGACUGCUUUAUCGACCUAAAAAAUAGAUAUAUGACAUCAGCAUCUUUCAAUUAAUUAUCUAACGUCAUUUAGAAGAAAUACUUAAUUGCAACAUGUAAAGUUUUUUAUAUAUUUGCGUAAUGCACAUGUCUAAUGCACAUGUCUAUGCAAGAUAGCUAUGUGUUUACAUUCAUAAAUUUCAGUAUAACUAUUUAUAUGUAUAUUUAUUUAUAUGUAUAUGUAUUUUUUAUAUGUAUAAUUAAAUAAUUUCAGUUAGAACUAAGAUUCAGAAAAAACAAAAUAUAUCAAGUUGUUGAUGAAAGCUUAAAAAUAGGAUAUCAUUGGUAAACAUAACCUAUUUUAUCAAGGAAUAUUCAGGAAUGUCAGUAAUGAUUUUCACGAUAUCGGGACAGUAUGGUUAUUAAGAUCAUUGAAUUUAUUUUUUAUACACUAUAAGAAUAUUGGAAAAGGUAGAAGAUUUUAUUUUGAAAAGUCUCAAUGACCGUAAAAUCUUGAAAAAAUAUUAUUUUAAUAUCAGUAUCUUAAAAAUCUCAUUAAAUUAAUAUCAUAUUUUUAUUAACAUCAAUGAGAGAGAUUAGUUUAAUAUAACAUCAUGACAGACUUUGCAGACCAGGUUGCAAGGCUUUGUAUACAAAAAUAUACAAAUCUUAGUAAAAAUGGAAAGCCAUCUGAGAAAGAAUGGACUGUAUUGUCUGGUAUAGUUUUACAACAGCAGAAUGGUUUGCUGUCUUUAGUAGCCCUUGCAACAGGUACAAAGUGUUUAGGAGAAGUGGAUUUAGUAAAUAUGGAAUUAUAUGAAGAAGGUUCCAGAUUACAUGAUUCUCAUGCAGAAGUUCUAACUAGACGUGCCUUUUUAAGGUACCUGUAUGAACAAAUAGAUUUAUUGUUCAGUGGUGCUGGGAGUGAUAUCUUCUUUUUAGAUGAGAAGAAAAAGAUUAAUCUAAAAAAUGGAAUAUCAUUCCAUUUUUUCACAAGUCAAACACCUUGUGGAGACUGUUCAAUAUUUCCGAAAGAAAACUAUAUUGAAAAUGGUGCACCACCUAACAAAAUUAGAAAACAUGACUACAAUAAGGUUUGGGAUUUAAUCACAGAACCAGCUAAUAAUGAAAAGAGACAACAAAACGUUGUAGAUAUUUAUAGAACCGGAGCAAAAUGUGUUAAAUCUGCAGAUGACCAAGAUCCUCAUCAGCCUGGAAUACAUUAUCAUGUAGUAGGGACUCUACGUACCAAACCAGGAAGGGGUAAUCCUACUCUUAGCUUGUCAUGUUCAGACAAAAUAGCAAAAUGGAAUAUUCUUGGAUUGCAAGGUGCACUUCUAUCUAUGAUAAUACCCCUAAUAAAAAUGGAAACUGUAAUAAUUGGAGGGGGAUGUCCAUUUUCUUUAAGCGCAAUGGAACGUGGAGUGUAUGCACGAUUCAAUAAAAAUAUACACAAAAUAAAAAUUGUACAAAGUCAAGUAUCGUUUAGACAGCAGAAAGAUGACAAAAGAAAACAACCAUGUCCAUCAAGUAUUAUAUGGUGUGCUGUGAGGCAUCGCAACACGGAGAUAGCAGUCGAAGGUAGAAGACAAGGAGCUACUAAAAGGAAAAAAGGUAGUAUUUUACUUGUUACAAGGAGGGCACUCUUUGAAACAUUUUUAAAGACAUGUGAUAAAUCUCAGAAUUUUGAUCCUUGUAUAAGGCAUCCAAAAAAGAUUACCUAUUUGGACUGUAAAAAAUGGUCUAAGAAGUACCAAACAUUGUGGAACAUGUUGAAAGUGGAAUCUUUUCAUGGUUGGACUACCAAACCGAUUCACUUGCAAAAGUUUGUGUUAUAAAUCUUUUAUGUUUUGAAGAUAUAUUUUUUAUUGUUUUAAAGUAUAAAAUAGUCGUAACAAAAAAUCUAAAUACAAUUCAAUAUUUUACAA